AUGUCUUCAGUUCAGAAUCUUAGAGAGUUUAUCAAGGAGAGAUUAACUUCUGCUGCAGAAGAAAUCUUCUCAGAGUUUGAAAAAACGAUCGUCCGCUCCAGUCUCAACCAGGAGGACCCAGAGCCUCUACAGACUAAAGAGGAACAGGAGAAAAUCUCCACCAAUCAGGAAGGAGAGCAGCUUGCACUGAAGCAGGAGGAUGAAGGGAUUAAUGUCUGGACCGGAGAACAGCUGGAUUUGUUGUGGAAACCUGGAUCACGGCUGACCAGAUUUGGUCUGGAUGAUCAGCAGUUCUGUGACCAUGAGAGGAGCUCCAGUCUCAACCAGGAGGACCCAGAGCCUCUACAGACUAAAGAGGAACAGGAGAAAAUCUCCACCAAUCAGGAAGGAGAGCAGCUUGCACUGAAGCAGGAGGAUGAAGGGAUUAAUGUCUGGACCGGAGAACAGCUGGAUUUGUUGUGGAAACCUGGAUCACGGCUGACCAGAUUUGGUCUGGAUGAUCAGCAGUUCUGUGACCAGGAGAGGAGCUCCAGUCUCAACCAGGAGGACCCAGAGCCUCUACAGACUAAAGAGGAACAGGAGGAAAUCUCCACCAAUCAGGAAGGAGAGCAGCUUGCACUGAAGCAGGAGGAUGAAGGGAUUAAUGUCUGGACCGGAGAACAGCUGGAUUUGUUGUGGAAACCUGGAUCACGGCUGACCAGAUUUGAUCUCCCACAGCAACAUGAUUGUAAGGAAAAUGAGGAUCUGGAUGACCCGCAGGUCUGUAGCCAGGAAAGGAACUCCAGUCUGGACCAGCAGAACACAGAUCCUCCACAGACUAAAGAGGAACAGGAGGAAAUCUCCACCAAUCAGGAAGGAGAGCAGCUUGCACUGAAGCAGGAAACCAAAGGCAUCAUCAUCUGGACCGGGCAGGAGCUGGGCAUCAUGUGGAACCCUGAAGUAAAGUUGCACAGAAUAGAUUUUCCACAACAUGACUGUAAGGAUGUGGAGGGGCUCACAAAUCAGCAGGUCUGUAACCAGGAGAAGAACUCCAGUUUAGACCAGGAGGAUCCUUCACAGAUUAAAGGGAACAGGAGGAACUCAGUACCACUGAAGAGGAAAAACCGCUUGUACUAA